UCCAAAGUUAAAAAAAUGCAGCAAGCACAGGCCAUUUGCAAUCCACAAAACUUCUCCAUCACCGGAAAUUGCCGGAAUCUGCCACAUUAUCAUUUAAGAAUCCCGGCGGCAACCGCUUCCAAAUUCCGGCGACAAUCAAUCUCAGCAGUGGCAUCGCCACCACGCCCAUGUGAGACAGUAACACACUCAAUGCCACCAGAGAAGGUAGAAGUAUUCAGAUCGCUUGAUAACUGGGCCAGUCAAACCAUCCUCCCGAUGCUAAAGCCAGUAGAGAAAUCCUGGCAGCCACAUGAUUUCUUGCCAGACUCCACCCAACCGUCCGAUUCAUUCAUAGACCAAGUCCGUGCCCUACGUGAACAAACCUCUAGAUUGCCCGACGAUUACUUGGUGGUGUUGGUGGGUGAUAUGAUCACUGAAGAGGCUCUCCCCACGUACAUGUCCAUGAUAAACCGGUUCGAUGGGGUUACGGAUGAGACCGGGGCGAGUUCAGACCCUUGGUCUGUUUGGACUAGGUGUUGGACCGCUGAAGAGAACCGGCACGGCGAUCUUCUCAAAACGUACCUUUACCUGUCUGGACGCGUCAACAUGCCAACGGUGGAGCGUUCUAUCCAGUACCUCAUCGGUGCAGGGAUGGAUACUGGAUUGGAAAACAAUCCUUACUUGGGAUUCGUUUACACGUCAUUCCAAGAGAGGGCAACAUUCGUGUCUCACGGCAACACCGCUCGUUUAGCGAAGGAGAAUGGUGAUCUGGCGCUUGCACGCAUAUGUGGCAUAAUAGCAUCGGACGAGAAGCGACAUGAGAAUGCGUAUAUCAAGAUGGUGGAGAAACUACUAGAGGUGGACCCCACGGACACCAUGUUGGCGAUUUCUGAUAUGAUGCGCAAGAACAUCACGAUGCCUGCACAUUUGAUGUACGAUGGUCAAGACCCACAUUUGUUCCAUCACUUCUCUGCUGUUGCACAAAGGCUUGGUGUCUACACAGCCAAAGACUAUGCAGAUAUAUUGGAUUUCUUGGUUGGGAGAUGGAAGCUGGAGAAGCUGGAGCGACUGAGCAGCUCUGGGCAACAAGCGCAGGAUUUCGUGUGUGGGUUGGCACCCAGGCUUAGGAAGCUACAGGAGCGAGCUGAUCAGAGGGCCCAAAAGAUGCAACCACAAAGUGUGAGGUUCAGUUGGAUAUUCAACAAGGAGGUCACUCUGUGAGAUGCGUAGAAGAAUAUUCACUAAGGCAG